AUGGCAGCCGCAGCCUCGCCGUCUUUGAACCUCGGAGCUAAUUCCGGCUCGGCGUCUACGUCAGAAAGAGGAGGAGCUCAACGUGGAAGAGGUCGAGCUCGUGGCCAACAAGGUGGAAAUUCGAGGAACGAACACCCACGCCCCAACGGCGGCUCAUCUGGAAAUACCAACAGCGCUGGCGGUGAACGGUCGGGGGAGCGUGGUCGCGGUCGAGGCCGCGGUCGAGGGCGAGGACGUGGAGGAAAUCACCAGGAGGGCAGCCGUGCCCCUGUUCAAGGACCGGCGACUGCGGACGAUCAGCAGCCUUCGGCACAUCAACCGCCACCCCAACCGGGAGGGGACGACGUCGAGGCCGAGGUGUGCUUCAUCUGUGCCUCGCCCGUCGCGCACAACAGCGUCGCUCCCUGCAACCACCGCACAUGUCACAUCUGUGCGCUCCGACUCCGCGCGCUCUACAAGACCAAAGCGUGCGCACAUUGUCGAACCGAGGCGGCCUACGUCACCUUCACCGACGACCCGGAGAAGCGGUUUGAAGAGUACCAAUCGGCCGACUUCUACCGGACCGAUCCUACCCUCGGCAUCAAUUACGAAAACGCCGACAUCUUUGAGGACACCUUACUCCUGCUGCGGUACAACUGUCCGGAUGGGGACUGUGAUGUGGCUUGUCUAGGCUGGCCGGAUCUCCACCGUCAUGUCCGCACUCAACAUCAAAAAUCCAUGUGCGACCUGUGCACCCGGAAUAAGAAGGUCUUCACGCACGAGCAUGAACUCUUCACCAAGGAAGAGCUUAAACGACACGAGAAAUUCGGCGACGACAACCCCGGUGCAGUCGACCAGAGUGGGUUUAAGGGACACCCGGAGUGUGGUUUCUGCAGAUUGCGCUUCUACGGCGAUGACGAGCUCUACACGCACUGUCGAGAGAAGCAUGAGCGUUGCCAUCUAUGCGAUCGGAGGAGCGACGGCCGCAAACCUCAAUAUUUCAUGAAUUACAACGCAUUGGAGGAGCAUUUCGGAAAGCAACACUACCCCUGUUACGACAAGGAAUGUCAGGAGAAGAAAUUCGUCGUGUUCGACUCGGAGAUGGAUCUGAAAGCUCAUCAACUGGAAGCGCAUCCUAAUGGUUUGUCCAAGGAUGCCCGGCGGGACGCACGACGUGUGGACAUUUCUGCGUUUGAUUAUCGGCCGCAGUACGUCGAGCCCCGACGUGAACGGAGGGGUGGAGGAGGAGGAGGAGGAGGUCGUGGUCGUGAUCCAAACGCGGAGCAGAUGCCUGCCGUUUCAAGCGGCCAUGUCAGCCGUGCGGAACUCGCUCACCAACGCGAGCGGGAGAUCCACGGCACGCAAUCUCAAACCAGCCGCUCAUUCGGCGGUCAAUUGAGUCGUCCAGUGCCCGCCGCCGCGGCUCCGGCGGCCGUCACCACCGCCAGCAAUCCCGCCACGGCCGACAACUCCGGCGCCGCCUCCCCUCCUCAGCCCGCCGAAGCCCUCAGCCCCCAGGAACAAGCGCGACGCCUCCGGCACGCCGCCGUCACCGACCGCGCCGCCCAGCUCCUCCACCACAACCCCAGCAAACUCGAGGAAUUCCGCACGCGCAUCUCCUCCUUCCGACGGGACCAGAUCACCGCCGCCGAGCUCAUCGCCGCCUUCUUCGCCCUCUUCGACAAUUCCGCCUCGGACGCCCUGGGGACGCUGAUCAAAGAGCUGGCCGAGAUCUUCGAGGCGCCCGCCAAGCGCACCGCCCUGCUCGCCGCCUGGUCGAACUGGAAGGCCAUCAACGAAGACUACCCUUCGCUGCCCGGCGCAGGUCCGGCCUCGGCGUCCGUCCCGUCCUCCUCAUCGCGGAGUUCCCGCUCCGCCGUCUCCAAGCACGGGAGUUGGGGCUCGUCCUCCAGCAGCAGCCCCAACAACCCAUUCCCGACCCUCCCGCUUCGCUCGCGCCCCAACGCCGCAACAUCCUCCUCCUCCGCGGCCCCGACGCCCCACUGGACCACCGCCCGACCCCCCGCUCAGACAUCAUCAUCCUCAACAAUCCGCCCCGCCGCCCCCCGCCAGCAGUCCUCCUUCGCAACCGCCUCCUCCUCCCGGGGCCCAUCCAACGCAGCGAUGCCCUCUCAGUCGAACUCGAACUCAGCAGACCUCUUCCCCGCCCUCCCCGCCGCCCAGAAACCUUCCAGCACGUUGUUCACACCCGGCGGGGCGAAGGGCGCGGUCGGCAUCCGGAGAUUGCCGGGUGCGCCGGUCGCCGUGAGCGCUUGGAGUGGUGGUGGUGCUACUACAGCGGAGAAUUCCUCGGCGGCGGAAGCGCCGGAGGACGGGAGCGGUGCGGGUGGUGGCAAGCGGAAGGGGAACAAGGGGAAGAAACAGGUGCUGAUCUGGUAA